AUGCUUCCCCCGUUGCGGUGCCCCCAAGUUGCGUUCCAUGCUGUGCUGCUUGCGAUGUUUCUCGCGUCCUCGGCGGCGAUUCCGCUGCCAGCAAGGAGCUCCAACACGAGCAGGGCCGUAGUGAUGUGGCAUGGCAUGGGGGACACGUGCUGCCUGCCAGUCUCCAUGGGGAGGGUGAAAUCCUUGAUAGAAAAGCAUGUCCCAGGUGCCUACGUCCGUUCCCUGAUGAUCGGAGAGAACGAGGCCAAGGACCAGUACAACGGAUUCUUCAUGCCCAUCCACGAGCAGCUGACCUUUGCUUGCAACCUCGUCUCCAAGGACCCGAACCUUGCCGGUGGGUUUCAUGCUGUUGGUUUCUCCCAGGGAGGGCUCUUCCUGCGAGCGCUGGUGCAGACAUGCCCGGAAGCGAAAGUUCAGUCGUUGAUCUCCAUUGGAGGCCCACAACAAGGAGUUUAUGGGCUACCAAGAUGCAUCACGCACAGUGUAUUCUGUGAGACUAUGAAGAAGCUUCUAGAAAUGGGUGCAUAUGAAAGUUUUGUACAGCAGCGAUCAGUACAAGCGCAGUACUGGCAGGAUCCCGUCAAAAGUGAAGAAUAUCUGAAAUACAACAUAUUUCUUCCUGACAUCAACAACAACCUUGAAGAAAAGAAAGCGGUCUAUCGAGAUCGUAUUCUUUCUUUGAACAAGCUGGUGCUUGUAAAGUUCCAGAACGACACGGUAGUUGUUCCAAGGGAAAGCACGUGGUUCGAAUUUUAUCAAGAGGGCCAAGAUGUUGAGAUUCAGGACUUGAAACAGUCAAAGCUUUACGAGGAAGAUUGGAUAGGGCUGAAAUCGCUGGAUGCGGCUGGAAAGGUUUGUAUGAGCCUUGCUUGGUUGACACUGAUGUGA